AUGGAGCUCAACGGCGACAUAGCCACUCUCAACAAGCGCAUACGUGCCCUGCCACCAGCUCAAGAUGCAACGACUGCCAUCCCCCUACUUUCUGCGGUCAUUUCACUCGCAUUCUUGAAAGUGGGGCGUCCCGUGAACGAGGAGAGCACCUCGAAGGAGGCUUGCGAGCGACUUCUGUUGCAAAAACCCGCUCUCUUGGGCGUAUUAAAGGCCGUUCAAGCCGAGGAAGACCCAUACUAUGAAGCCGUCAUUGAUUCUCUUCCAGUCUCUCCUUUUAUAUCGUCUCCAGCCCGAGCCUAUAUGGAAGAAGUUCGGAAUGAAUUCCUCGCCUGCAUCCAAACCGACCGCCUUUUUAUUCACUGGAAAGGCAUAUCUCCACCUCCAAGCCCAAUCUAUGCGGAACAAAGUACAUUGGAUCACUUCGAGUCUCUUGGGUUGCGCUCGGUGGAUAAAACAAGUGACUUCAACCUGUUGAUGUAUGACUUGGGCCGGUUCAGUAGAGAUCCCGUUCUCAAGGAGCGUGUUUCUCGAAUUUUUACGCCGACCAAGAACAAAUUCCUUGUUAACGCGUCCGCAUCCGGCAAAACUCGUCUAUGUUAUGAGGGACUAUGCAGCAAUUGGGGUCUCUAUUUCACGGCCACGGUCGAUGGUGGGCUACUGGGGAGUCGUGAUAUGGAAGCCGCAAUUCAACAUUGCUCCAGCUAUCAAUACAGUGCGGUCUCCGCCUACGAACUCAUUUCCCAGCGACUCGGCGCGGUCUUGUUGGCGCGUUUGCUAUUCCUCGAUUUCUACUUAGACAUGGUAUCUUUGAACGACGUCGCUCUGAACGACCAACACAAAAUGCGCUGGCUUGAUUUUCAGCUUAAUCCUCGACCUGUCGACCGGGCUAGUGUCUAUGGGUAUUUCAUGACUCUGGCCGAACUGCUCAUUGAGCAUGACUCAGCAUAUCUGGCGCAGAACAUUACCGAUACACUACGAAAGAUUAAACGUGUCAUAGGGAUCGAACAUAGCCUAUUCAUUGUUAUUGAUGAAGCUCAAGACGCGCUUCAUCGGACUCUGAUCGGUCUACCGCCCAACGAACACCGACAGCCUCUCUUGGUAGGCCUCCUCCGUGUCUGGUCCGACUUGACGAAGGGGGAAUGUACUUUCAUUUGUGCUGGAAUUGGCAUACCACAAACGAUUAUGGUGCCAAGCGACUCUUCCUGGCAGUGGACUUCGGACACGGGAGCAUUUGAUAAUCCUGACAUUUAUGAAGCCUAUGUGUCGAAAUUACUUCCUCCUGUUCUUCGCGAAAGCUCUUCUGGUCGUCUACUGGUGGCACGGAUGUGGCGCUGGUUAAGGGGCAGACACCGAGUAACGGAUGGAUUCCUCACAAUCCUUCUGUGCCACGGUCUGGACUACCCGCAUUGCUGCCUCUCUGAUUAUAUUCAAAGACUGUCGAAGUUUCGGCCCUUCGAUGCUGUUGAAAUUGAAAAAUCGGAGAAUAUACCUGAAUCAUGGCGUUGGAGCAUCCUUUUGGGAAGACUUCUCACAGAUAAAGCCCCGGCGAACAUCAAGGAAUUCGUCACUGAUGCGUUGUAUCGAUCCAUGACCACUCACGAAUCAACUUCAUUUGGCCCCGAAAACUUAGAACUCGUCGCAAAAGGGUACGGACACUGGAUAGAUCGUAAUUUAACGGUCGGGGCCCUGGACGAGCCAUUUUUCCUUGCUGGAGCUGCUCGCACCUGGUUCCCGCGCCCACUCCCUGCGCCGAUGGGAGAGCCAAAUCGUUGUCCUGCUACAUUUAUCGGCGCACUGGGUCUCAAUCCUCCGCAAACAUCAAAUGGACUAGCACAGUGUCUUGUGUUCUAUCUGUCGCGGGUGUUGGCGACCCCGCGAGAACUCAAGGAUGUCUUCAAAUUCCCUCAUCAAGUCCCAGCAUGGGCUCGUCAGACCGCGCAGCUCGUUCGCUGGUACCGCAACGAGGAGGGCCUGCUCGUGAACUCGGCUGUUUUACCUGACUCGGGUUUGCCUUUGGCAACAAGGUGCUCAGGUUUAGACGAAACUAGAAGAUGGAUGGAGCAUCAAUAUGGGACAGCGUUCUGUCUUUCAUCACUUCCUAACUUCGACAUUCUCUUUUCACUCCAACUGGCUGAUGAGUCGUUUGUUUGGGUCAGCGUUUAUGUCCGCGUUGCAGACGAGUCAAUGUCUGAUGCGGACUUGAGUUCGAUUGUUUCCAAGCUCAACAGUGGAGAGCUCUUUCAUCAGGAGUCGUCGGACGUGGAGCUCGCCGCACAACUAGAAACCCAACUGCAAUCGCUUCCUGGCUUAAGAGCUCGGCCUUCGCUGUUACGAGUGGUUUCAACUUAUCCUGUCAUGACAUCAGUCGGCCGGGUAGUUGAUGAGCGCACCCGGGAUGUUGCCAACCUUGACCUGAAGGCUCUUCGCGGGAAAGAAGAUCAAGUGAUGCAAGACGAGUUGUUCUGUGCAAUCAUCAAUGGCAUUGCCGCUAGUCAGAAACGCAAAUCGAGAUGGGACGAUGGCGCGGUACAUCUGAGUCGUAAGAAGGCGAGGACGCUCGUUCCAAGUGACAACUCUAGACGCGAUGAAGAGUUUGGCCUUCCAGAGCCACAUUAUACCUGGGAUGAACGGACACCUUUUGACGAAUCGGACAGUGAUGAUGAUCACGCUCAACUACUUCCUCCUGCGUUAAAAAAGCGCAAGCCCAAGCAAUCGAAAAGGAAAAUUCCCGCUACUGAGCUGUCCAAACAGACCAACAAAAAGGCAAAAGGCAGAGCGACCGAACCACCUCGUCACCCUACUCGGAGAACUCAUCGCAAGCUAUGA